AUGGUUUUGGAGGCUACUGUACUGAUUGUGGACAACUCUGAAUUUUCCAGAAACGGGGACUUUCCUAGAACGAGAUUUGAAGCUCAAAUCGAUGCAGUAGAGUUCCUAUUUCAAGCUAAGCGCAACAGUAAUCCUGAGAACUCAGUGGGGCUAAUCUCUGCUGCAGGAAGCAAUCCACAGGUGCUCUCGACUUUCACUCCCGAAUUUGGUAAGAUCUUGGCGGGUCUUCACGAAACGACCAUCGGAGGAGAAAUAAGGUUGAGCACCGCUAUUCAAAUUGCAGCUCUCACACUAAAACAUCGUCAAAAUAAGGUUCAGCAUCAACGUAUCAUAGUAUUUGUGUGCAGUCCGGUGCAAGAAAGCAGAGAAGAUCUCAUCAGGCUGGCCAAGAAACUCAAAAAGAACAAGAUCGCAGUGGACGUGGUCAAUUUCGGUGAAAUCGAAACCAACACCGAGAUUUUGGAGGAAUUCAUACAAACGGUCAAUAAUCCGCAGGAAGAGGGGAGUCACAUUGCCACGGUAUCGCCUGGACCCAGACUUCUGUACGAACACAUUGCUGGCUCCAGCAUAGUACUCGAAGAAGGAGCCGAGCCUGGCGUCGGUGGUGUUGGCAUGGGCGGCGGCCAAGAUUUCAUGGACUUCGGUGUCGACCCAUCUAUGGAUCCAGAACUUGCGCUCGCGCUGCGUUUAUCUAUGGAAGAAGAACAAACCAGACAGGAGAGACUAAGACAAGAACAGGAAAACAGCACCAAAAAUGCCAACUCUUCUGCGAGCUAG